UUUCUUCUUUGCUUGCAGUUGCUAAAGUGAGAGGGAGAUAGAGCGUGAGAACGUCGAAACAAGGUCAACGCCCAAAUAGUCGAACAUGUUGCAACUGCACGCUAUGUAAAGGACAGACGGAGGGAGAGAGAAAGAGACAGAGAGAGAGAGAGCAGGAGAGAGCGUCAUCUAGAAGAAACGUUCUGUUAUCGUCUCUGAGUGCGUGCGAGCGAGUGGGACAAAGUGAAUUUGUUUCAGCAUACAAUGUCAUCGAUCUCGGCUCAGGGCGUGGUCGAGAGAGCCUCCGCGGAAUUAUCGAAACGCAUAAACGGACUGGGAUUACGCUCAAAACACCAUCAUGGCAGCAACAGCAACAACAGUAGCAGCAGCAGCGGCGGCGACAACGCUUCCUCUAAUUCCACAUCCAGUGCCACCUCGUCCAGCGGCAAAACCUCAGUAAUGGAGCGUGUGACCAAUGCGCUCUGUGGCGGCAGCAAUUCGAAUUCCAAUUCGAAUUCGAGCUCCAAUUCCAGCUCCAACUCCAACUCAAAUACCAAUACCAAUAGCAACAGCUCAAACGCCGGCGUGCCCGGCUCUGUGAAUUCGCCGCAAACGCCAGAUAAGCCGUCGCGGGGCAGCCAAGGCGCUGCCACGCUCAUUUCCCUGACAAGUACACAACAGCAGGCGCAGCAAUUGGCGUCCGUUAAUCCCAGUCUGCCUCACAGUCCCGCGCAUCUAAUGCAACAGCAACAGCAGCAGCAGCAACAACAACAGCAACAACAGCAGCAGCAGCUGCAGGCAAUGGCAGGCUCCACGUUGAUUAACUCCAAUCAUCACCUGGUAAUGCCAGCUGGUGUACCUGCGCCGCCUAGCAAUAUGCCGUUAGGUGCUCCGCCCACUCCCACUGUCAAAUCGAUUGCCAAGCAGAUGAACAUCCAGAUUCCAGCGCCCGGCUCGCCCACCUUCAGCACAAUGGGCAUGGUCGCGGCACAGAAGGUCGCCGGCGGUGGCACGCCGCUGCAGAUGCGCAAACAGCUGCCCAAUCCCCACUUGCAUCAUCCCUAUGGCGCAGUGGCUGCGCCCAAUCAGCUGCCUGGCACAGUUACCCAGCCGCUAUCCGCGCUAAUCCUCCACAAGCACCCGCCACAUAUGCAGAGCAUCGACGCCCUGAUGCUGGACGAUCGCUUUCUGAAUCGCUUUUUCCAAUACUUUUCGCCGUACGAGCGGCGCGUGCUCGCCCAGGUGUGCAUCAAGUGGCGGGACAUACUGUACCGCAGUCCACGCUACUGGUCCGGGCUGCUGCCCACGCUGCAGUGCCGCGAGCUCCGCCAGAUGACCGCCUGCGACCGGGGCAAGCUCUACACCUCGCUUAUUCGACGCGGUUUCCAUGCGCUCGGCCUGGUCGGCGCCUCCGACGAGGAUGCUCUCGAUGUUGUCCACUCCUUUCCGCUGGCCUCCAAGCACGUCCACUCGCUCAGCCUUCGCUGCUCCUCGAUCAGCGAUCGGGGACUCGAAACUCUAUUGGAUCACUUGCAGAGUCUGUUUGAACUUGAGCUGGCUGGCUGCAAUGAGGUCACCGAGGCGGGCCUCUGGGCCUGCCUGACGCCCCGAAUAGUGUCCUUGUCGCUGGCGGACUGCAUCAACAUUGCGGAUGAGGCGGUUGGAGCUGUGGCUCAGCUGCUGCCUUCCCUUUACGAAUUCUCGCUCCAGGCUUACCAUGUCACAGAUGCUGCCCUGGGCUACUUCUCGCCAAAGCAAAGUCACAGUUUGAGCAUAUUACGCUUACAGUCAUGCUGGGAACUAACCAAUCAUGGCAUUGUUAAUAUAGUGCACUCCUUGCCGCACCUGACCGUGCUCAGCCUGUCCGGCUGCAGCAAACUCACCGACGAUGGCGUCGAGCUGAUUGCCGAGAAUCUGCAGAAGCUGCGCGCCCUGGACCUGUCCUGGUGUCCCCGCAUCACGGACGCCUCGCUCGAGUAUAUCGCCUGUGAUCUGAACCAGCUGGAGGAAUUGACUUUGGACAGAUGCGUUCACAUAACAGAUAUAGGUGUCGGCUAUAUCUCGACGAUGCUAUCGCUGACGGCCCUCUUUCUGCGCUGGUGCUCGCAGGUGCGAGACUUUGGGCUGCAGCACCUGUGCUCGAUGCGAAAUCUGCAGGUGCUGUCGCUGGCCGGCUGCCCGCUGCUGACCUCGUCCGGGCUGUCCAGCCUCAUCCAGUUGCGUCACCUGCAGGAACUGGAGCUGACCAAUUGUCCGGGGGCCUCGCAUGAAUUGUUCGACUACUUGAAAGAGCAUUUGCCACGCUGUUUGAUAAUCGAAUAAUUGAUUUCUGGAUUACUUUAUUAUGUAAAUGUAAAUGUGAAUGUGAAUGUGAAGUCAACUGAUUUUGAUUUAGAUUCAGUUUUAGGAGUUCAACUAAUCAAAUUCUAUGCUAAUUAAUUUCUUUAGUCGUCAAGUUCCUUUUGUGCUAUAUAGAAACUUCUCGUAACUCUGUAAAUCCAAUAUUUUAUUUUCUAUCUAUGAUUUCAACUGUGAUUUCAACUGGAACUAUAUAUAUGUAUGUACGUCUAUAUGUAUAGUUGGAAGCCGUUCAAGGAGCUAUACUGUAAUUAACCAUAAAAGACCCUCUAAUUAUAUUUAUUUACAAUUACACAGUACAAUAGAUGAUGAUCUAAUAUUAUAAAUAAUGAAUUAUUUAUAUUAUUGUAGUUUUUAAAGCAAGUUUUGAAUUAAUCUCACUGUAAUUAACCAUAAAAAAGAACGAAGAGAAAGGAAAACACAAUUUAUAUAGAUAUUAUAUGCAUACUUGUAUGUGAAUGUAAAUUAAUUCUAAAGAUUGCGCCUAAAAGACAAACAAAACGCUAAAUGAAUAA